AUGAGCCAAUUUGGUAAAGUGUGCACACAAUCUCAGGAGGAGUUCAAGUUGGAAGAUCUGAAGAAACUGGAAAUCAUUAUCAAGAGUAUUUUGACAUAUAACAAAGAUUUUGCUUUUGAUGUGCAGCCAGUGCCCUUGAGGAGAAUCCUUGCCCCAGGGGAGGAGGAGAACUUGGAGGUGGAAGAAGAGGAGGAUGCUGCUACAGGAGCAGGCUCCCCAGAGUCCUUUCCCAACAGAGUACCAGGUACAUUGUUGCCACGGUUACCCUCAGAGCCCAGGAUGUCGCUGCUCACAAUAAAGAUUGACAAGAUUGGGCUGAAAGACGCUGGGCAAUGCAUUGAUCCCUACAUGACAGUUAGUGUGAAAGAUUUGAGUGGCAUUGAUUUGAACCCAGUGCAAGACACACCUGUGGCAACCCGAAAGGAGGACACAUACAUUCACUUCAGCGUAGACAUUGAGAUCCAGAGACAUAUCGAGAGACUACCAAAGGGGGCAGCUAUUUUCUUUGAGUUCAAGCACUAUAAACCCAAGAAGGGGUUUACAAGCACAAAAUGUUUUGCCUUCAUGGAAAUGGAUGAGAUCAAACCUGGUCCCAUUGUGAUCGAGUUGUACAAGAAGCCUAUUGACUUCAAGAGGAAGAAGCUCCAGCUCCUGACCAAGAAGCCACUCUAUCUCCACCUCCACCAGACGUUGCACAAAGAUUAAUAACCGAGGUCACAGAGUAGAGCACAUCAAGAAAGCAGAAGCGCCACAGAAUUCCACUGUAGUCAUCAGACAUCCAGCAAAGUUUGGUGUACCGACUCCCUAUCCGCCUCCACUCACAUCAGCAAUACUAAACCCAGCAGGCCCAAAUGCCACAACCUCAACUCUGUGAUAGGACGGCCCUGGAUGACACAUAUUAACUACAGCGGUGACAACACACUACUGUAUAAUGCUGCUUCGUAACCAAGUGGGAGGUGGGAAUUUACCAGUUGUGAAGUCGUAAAUACCAGUUGGAUGCAUUCACGUGAUUUGAACUUGUUGAGAAAAGAUCAUUUGGCUAAUGGCCAACAAGCUGCCUAAACCUUAAACUAAAAGCUAUCAUGCUGGUAAACAAAUGAGUGUUAAAAAACAUAUUAAUAGAUUGCUUUUUAUAAAUAAUGUUUUGUUGCAUUUAAUUGCAGAAAAAUGCUGUUA